ACUUUCGUUACGUAAGUGUUUGACAUUUGCCUGGAUUCGCCGUAUAAAAACAAAACAGUUCUCAUGCUGAGACAUUAGUUACUUUCGCAACGAUCAACUAACCAACUCAGCCUCAGAAUGAUGAAGUUCAUGUGCCUCUGCAUCUGCGCCAUUGCUGCCGCUUCGGCCAACCCCUAUGGAGGAUCUCGCGGUGGAUACGGCGCCCCCGUUGGCGGUUAUGCCUACCAGGUGCAGCCUGCUCUGACCGUUAAGGCCAUCGUCCCCUCGUACGGCGGCGGCUAUGGUGGACACCGGCAGGGCGGAUAUGGCGGUAGCCACGAGGUUCCUGUGGAAUCGGUCUACACCGGCUCCAACUACCACCGCUCUGGCUACGGCGGUGCUCCGCCAGUCGACCGAGAGGCCAUUGCCCUGGCCAAGCUUGCUCUGGCCGCUCCCAGCGCCGGCAAUCCUCUGGUCUGGAAGGAGGGACCCCGCUAUGUGGAGCGCUCUUAUGAGCCCAGGGGCUAUGGACCCCGUCAGGAGUACGCUCGCGGCGAGGAGGCCAAGGGUGCUUCGGCGGCGGCUGCUUCCAGCUCCGUGGCUGGCCAGAAGGGAUACAAGAAGUCCGGCUACUAAGUGGCAAAACCACAAGAACAGUGAUCCAGUUACUUACCUAAGCAACUACGUCUAAAUAAUAAAACCAAGAAACAUCAAGACUUAAA